UUAUUAUUAUUGUUGUUGUUCCGUUUAGCGGACGUAAACGUAAAUCACAGUUUGAUUUUUCUACGCCAGUGUGUUUUCAAUCGUGUGCUUUUAUUGCAGAAAACAAAAACUGCAGUAGUCGUGUCAUAAAUUGAAAUAACCACCGCGAUACCACAUGAACGUGUAAAUGUUUAUCUCUUGGCUUUAGAAUUGGAUUAUGACAGUGGAAAUCACGCGAUUCUCUAUAAUUUGCCUUUUUAACUGAGAUCUAAUUAUAAGUAGUACUUAUUUCCGACAGCACCUGAAGGCAAUAAGGGGAUGCUAUGCUUCAGUGUUCCCCUGUUGGAGACAAAAAUAAUUUGACAUCCUCACCAAAUGUUCACCUUAAUGAGAGCUAUAGGGCUAUCAAGGGCUGCUCUGUGUACACGAUGAAAACAAAUAAUUUAUAUUCACUGGGUAAACGUGUUUUUAAUGUCCUUUUUGAAUGUUUCCCACUUGAAUUAGCCUAGCAGUGCUUUCAACAGGCUAAGUCUGGGACCCACACAUCAUUAGACAAGAAAGAAGUCAUUCAUCAAGAGAUGAAUUACAGUCUGUAAUGACAUUUAUUCAUUAUAUGGAAUAUGUGUGCUCUAGCACUUCAAGGUAAUUCAUACACCUGCAGAAAAGGAGGAAACAGAUGCAAAAUUAAUUGGCUGGUGUCAGCCAAUCAGAGAGGUCAGAGUAUUUAGUAUUUAGGUAAUUGUGAAAAAUGUGUGUGUGUGUGUGUGUGUGUGCUUGUGUGUGGAAUGCUGACCGUUAUGACAUCACUGCGUUCCUGCUUGAGGUAAAAGCAGACAUUCCACACACACUUCCAUUCCAGAUUUCCACAAGGAGUCUUCUGGGGAGGACGUUUUCAUGUCGAUCAGAGAUGAGUAAUUCAACGCCAUAUGGAGUUAAAAGCUUACUGGAGUGCAUGUCCAGGGCAACACUCCUGGCACAGCCAGAUGACGUCCCGAAAUUUCUGUCCACACACGUGGACGAAAUGAUACAUUUCAGGGAUGAGGAAUCAAGAGAUACCAAGGAGGUUGCCUUUCAGUUUCAAGACCAAUGGGAGAACAAGUUUUUUGGUAAAGAGAAAAAAAGGACAAAGACCCCCAAAACAGCCCCAGAGGAUUCUCCUUCGCCUACACCCAGUGUGUCCAGUACAUCCUCUGGGUCUUUUGUGGUGUCACCUCCCUGUGAAGUGAGACAAAGGUCACGUAGAGUGUCUUCAGUCAGGGUUCCCGGUCAAGACGAAAGUGUGGGUCUAACUGCUGUAGGCAAAUCUACAGCUAGUAGACUAAGACCAGUACCACCAACCUUUAAGUGGAGCAUUGAGGCACGUCAAGCAUCAUCAGCUCGGGUUCCCAGUCGACACAACAGUAUUGGUCUUUCUGUUGUAAAGACAUGUCCCUCUACUACACCAAGACCAGUACUAGCACCAUGUAAGGAGCAAGUGAAGACUCGCCCUGGACUGUCAGUCAAAGAUCCCAGUGAAAAAGAAACAAAAUGGGCUCUUCCAUCUGCACAGGCAGAACUGCCGCCUAUCCCGCAGAAAGCCUCUCCACAACAGGUCCAGGGACGAAAAUCAACCAAGAAGCGUGGCAGCCGUACAUUUAUCUGCCGUCUGAAUGACUGCCCUUACCACAAGAAACCCCAAGAAGAGGGUGCAGUUGACAGAGAUCUGGAGACAGCUGAGAUCAGCACAAAGCCCACAGCUAAAAGCGAAGCGGGCCAGCAAAAGUCGCUGGCUGUGUCUAAAACAUUUGAUCUACAGCUUCCGUACAGACCCAAAGGAGGGUUUAUCAUAGAUCCAGAACUAGCACCAAAGCCAACCAAACGGGUGACACACAAGACAACUGGUGCAGAGAGCUCCUUGUCAAAGGACACCAACAGCACAGAUCUGUCACAAGUGUCCCUUGAGUGUUACAUGCAUGCUUCCCAUACAAGCACGUCUAAUGUGGCACGUUCUGUGCACACCAUGAGAUACAGGUGUGGGUAUGCACAGGGCGGCGAACUUCAGCCUCACUCUGUUGGGUUUUGUGACAUCACCUUGCAAGCUGAGUCCCAGCAUCAGUACCCAGCAAAGAACAGCGCAGCCGGUGAUCCCAUAACAAAGUCUUCAGCUAUGGGCUCAAAUUAAUUAUUCUGUUCUUUUGCACUAA